ACCCUUUAAUUUAAUUAUCAUAUAUUCCUCUUCUUCAUUGAUCUGAGAAAGAAGGCGAAGAAGAGGAGGAUCCAAACCCUAACAAACGACACCGUUCCUCCCCUCUUCCUCCUCCAGUCUUCCAAUGGCAGAGAAAACUCAUGAGAGCAUAAAAACAAUCCCGCCGUACAUGAAGGCGCUAUCGGGGUCACUGGGAGGCGCAAUGGAGGCGUGCUGCUUACAGCCCAUUGAUGUCAUCAAGACUCGUCUCCAGCUGGACCGGUCCGGUUCGUACAAGGGAAUUAUCCACUGCGGCACCACCAUAGCUAGAAAUGAAGGUUUGCGGGCUUUAUGGAAGGGAUUGACUCCAUUCGCCUCGCAUUUGACUUUGAAGUAUACGCUCCGGAUGGGCUCCAAUGCGGUCCUGCAGUCCGCGUUUAAGGACGCGCAAACGGGUAAUCUGAGUCACCAUGGGAGGCUGCUUUCCGGAUUCGGGGCGGGCGUGCUAGAAGCUCUUGUUAUUGUCACGCCGUUUGAGGUGGUGAAAAUCAGACUACAGCAGCAGAAAGGAUUGAGCCCUGAACUUUUGAAGUACAAAGGACCUCUACAUUGUGCUCGUAUGAUCAUCCGCGAAGAAGGUGUGCUUGGUCUGUGGGCAGGAGCUGCACCAACUGUUAUGCGCAAUGGGACAAAUCAGGCUGCCAUGUUUACAGCCAAGAAUGCAUUUGAUGGGAUUUUGUGGAACAAACAUGAGGGUGAUGGGAAAGUGCUUCAGCCAUGGCAGUCCAUGAUAUCAGGAUUUCUUGCAGGGACGGCUGGUCCAGUAUGCACCGGGCCCUUUGAUGUUGUAAAGACGAGGCUAAUGGCUCAGAGCCGUUCUGGAGGUGAGUUGAAGUACAAAGGCAUGGUCCAUGCUAUCAAAACUAUAUAUGCUGAGGAAGGUUUACGUGCAUUGUGGAAGGGACUGCUGCCGCGGCUUAUGAGGAUCCCACCUGGUCAGGCCAUUAUGUGGGCUGUAGCUGACCAGAUAACUGGAUUAUAUGAGAGGAGAUAUAUGAAGAAUGCAUUAAUAUAAGACCAAUUUUGCACUCUCUCUCUUCAUAAGGUUCCUAUGAUGUUUGAGGCACUGAAAUUACGAGGUUUCGAGUUCUUUAAAACUUAUUAAAUCAGAAAAGGCAACUAUUCAGAUUUUCUUUACCCCAUUCUCUUUUUAAAUCCGGCGAACAAAUGGGUAUCUUUUUCUUUCAUUUACUUGCUUCAAUGAAGCUAGGACGUAGAUGAGGAACUCUAUUGAUGAUAAAGUGCUUGGAGCCGUUCUUGAAACAGGAGUUUGUUAAUUCUGGUUUUUGUUCAUUAUUGUAGUAGGUGGUUUCAUUAAAGAAACCACCUUUUGGAUUCCUAUAAGAAGGGCCUUAAUUUCUCCAUAUUUUUCAGAUCAAUCUCUCAUUUUUUUGAAUUUGUGAAAUCUGUAUGCAAGAAACCUUGGGAUUGUUAAUUGCUAUGACAUUGUAAUUCAUUUAGCGCCAA